AGUCCAUCAACAUCACCAGUCUCAUCACCAAGACUGAGCCUGAGCAUUGGUGUAGCUCAUGUAUGACAUCGACCGACAAUUGUUGCCGCUUGAUUAACACUCCCAUUCACGACCCUAAAAAUUCUAUGAACAUGGCAACAGAAGCUUCGAAACGGCAGCGGCCCUUUCUCUUCGUCCACUCUACCGGUCCGACUCAUAUUCACCAGCUUGAUAAAAUUACAAGGACCAAGAUCCAUCGUCAUGUAAUGGCUGAAAUCGGCAAGGCACGGCGGAAACCCCCGCGCAAUCCGCAAUUCGAUGCCGUUGUCCAUUUUCCGGACCGCACGAAACAGAUAAAGCGGGCGAAACAGCCGCAGGAGCCGCAGUCUCAGGACCUUGUCGACUCGGACAUUGCCUUGGUAUCCGCAAUGCCAUACCAAUCUGUACCUCCAUCCGCUUACUAUGAGACCCUUCUGUCUCUAGUGCCACCUUUCUGGGACCAGCACCCUUUGCUUACCUUGGAGAGUCAGUGGGGAGACGACAUGUUCUCUGCAUACGGAAUGAUGCUGUUGCUGCGUGCCGGGAGCAACCUUGCAAACCCAAACUACUCGACUAAGGGUUUUUGGUUCCCUUUUGCUUUCCAAUCAUCCCGAUUUCUUCAUCAAUUUCAGCAUGUUUUUGCCAGCCCCAACAUUCUGGGCGGCGUUUCCCGGGCAUUGUCCGCAAAAUUUAGGAUAAUGGCCCUAGAGCGCUCCUCGAUUACAAUAUCAUGCAUUGAAAGUUACCUCGCGAACCCCAAUUUGGGACAGGAGGCAGCAAAUAAUGUCAUUCGUGCGGUUUUGGCAAUCAUUUGCUAUAAUUUCAUAUCUUAUGAUUUCAGCCAAGCACUUGUCCACUUACGUGGCUUAGAGUUGAUAAUUAAUGUUCGAGGAGGGAUUCACCAUUUACAAGGCCACGAUGAGCUCAGGCUGAUGAUAUUCUGGAUAGACAUUACCGCAUCCCUCCUCUAUAGACUGAGGCCACGAUUUCCACCUCCGUUAGAUCUUAUACCCCCGGUCCACCCAGCUGCAUAUCCACAUACUCUGCCAAUGCCGCUAUUCAAUAUGAUGAAAUCGGAACCUACCAUGGACGCCCAUGCCCUACAUGUUUCAUCUUGCAUUACUGACCUGAACGCUGUCGCCGCUCUCAUUAAAGCCGAGUCGGCGAUCAAAGGAGAUGCAUUAUGGACAGAGGUUGUAUACAUUGAGCUUCGAACCAAUCCCAUAGUGUAUCGCCUACUGGACUGUUCCGCACAUACAGGAACCAUGCCACAAGAUGCGAUUUUCGAGGCCCUGCGACUAGGUGCGAUCCUCUGGAUCAUCUGCAUAAAGCGCCGCUGUGGAUCAUUCCUUGGGUCUCCCACGGUUUAUGUAUCGACUUUAUUUGAUUUACUAUCCGCCCAAUCUGUGAAGAUAGACGCUCCGAGAUCUUUCGACCGUCUCGCGAUACGAAGCUGGCUGCUCAUAAUUUGUGGCAUCAGCGCCUGCGAUCCUGUGCAACAUCAGUCCUGUAUAGACCUUAUCGCUUCCGAGAUGAGGAAGCUGAGAUGGGAUUGGGCUCAACUGAUGAUGUUAGCGCAUCAAAUGCCUUGGAUCAGCCAUUUUGACGCCUCUUGCGCCCAUCUAAAGGAACAGAUACAGCUGAGCUGCUAUAAAUAG